AAGAAGAACAAGACACCGGGCGGUGAUUGGCUCCUGGGAGGGGCGUGCAGUUGUGACGUUGGGGUAUCCAGUAAAGAUGGCGGCGGUGACUAGAGGCUCCUUCACUGUUUUCAGACAGCUGCUUACUCAUCAUUACCGCCGGCGAUGUUUCCGGCCGCAGAGCUUCAGGCCCGACCGAACCCUUCAGCCUCUGAGCUUCAGAUAUGAAACAGACCUCAAGAUGUUCAGCAGCAGGUCGCUGCACUCCUCCGCCGUGAGUCAACGACCAAUCGUCUCAUUCAAACUGUCCGACAUCGGGGAGGGAAUCAUGGAGGUGACGGUGAAAGAGUGGUACGUGAAGGAGGGGGACAAGGUGUCUCAGUUCGACAGUAUCUGUGAAGUUCAGAGCGACAAGGCGUCCGUCACCAUCACCAGCCGCUACGAUGGAGUCAUCAAGAAGCUCCACUACGAAGUGGACGGCACCGCUUUAGUGGGAAAACCGCUUGUGGACAUCGAAACGGAGUCCAGCUCGGAGGUCCUCCAGGAAGAGGACGUGGUGGAGACGCCCGCCAUGGCUCGAGACGAACACACCCACCAGGAGAUCAAAGGUCUCAAGACCCAGGCCACGCCCGCCGUCAGGCGCCUCGCCAUAGAGAACAACAUUAAGCUCAGUGAGGUGGUGGGGACGGGAAAGGACUGCCGUAUCCUGAAGGAGGACAUCCUGAACUUCCUGGCGAAGCAGACCGGAGCCAUCAUUCCUCCGACCCUGUUCCAGGAGAUCCAGCCGCCGCCUCCGCUUGCCGCUGCCCGGCCCGUGAGCACUCCGGCAGCCCUCAAAGCUCCACCCACUACACCCAAACCUGUCUUCACCGGGAAGGACGUCACCGAGCCCCUCAAAGGUUACCACAGAGCGAUGGUGAAGACUAUGACGGCGGCGCUGAAGAUCCCUCACUUUGGUUACUGCGACGAAUUGGACCUGAGCCGCCUGGUGUCUCUGAGAGCUGAGCUCCGACCCAUCGCUGAAGGUCGCGGGGUCAAACUGAGCUACAUGCCCUUCUUCAUCAAGGCGGCCUCCCUCAGCCUCCUCCACUUUCCCAUCCUGAACUCCUCAUUGGACGAAGGCUGCCAGAACAUCACGUACAAGGCGUCUCAUAACAUCGGCCUGGCGAUGGACACCGUUAACGGCCUGCUGGUUCCCAACGUGAAGAACGUUCAGCUGCUGAGUGUGUUCGACGUCGCACAGGAGCUGAACCGCCUGCAGGCGCUCGGAACCGCCGGGCAGCUGGGAACCAACGAGCUGAGCGGAGGAACCUUCACCCUGUCCAACAUCGGAUCAAUCGGAGGGACGUACGCCAAACCUGUCAUUCUUCCUCCCGAAGCCGCCAUCGGAGCUCUGGGAAAAGUCCAGGUUCUCCCCCGGUUCGACGCCGGCGGUCAGGUGGUCCGAGCUCACAUCAUGAACGUCAGCUGGUCGGCGGACCAUCGCAUCAUUGACGGAGCCACCAUGUGUCGGUUCUCCAACCUGUGGAAGAAGUACCUGGAGAACCCGGCCAGCAUGGUGCUGGACCUCAAAUAGACAGAGGAAUAUUUCCCAUCAGCCCCGGGGAGACCUUCCCCCUUCUCCUCCCGCCGCCUGGGCUUCGUCUUCCUGUUUGAGGCCUUUCCGUUCACUCGCCGUGGUUUUAUUUGUUGCCUUUUGAGCGGGGCAGCGGGAGGUGGAGGAGGGGUUAGCCCUGUGUUGUUUCCAUGACGACCAAUAGCGCGCACACACACACACAUACACACACACAGAGUGGAGGCUAAAGGUAGUUUGUCUGUUUCUAAUGUUCCAGGAAAUCAAUUACAAAUCAUGACCAAUUAUAAAGGACGUUACUAAAACCAGUUGACGUGCUGGGAAAAGGAGAACCAGUGUGAAGGGGCCUUCGGUGUGUCACCGUUACUGGUUGUUCACCAUUGACCCCGAUUCAAGUGUUGUCACCUGAACAUUUGACUUCUUCUGAAGCUGGUCCUCCGAUCAGUUCGUAAAGUGAAACAUUGAAAACAGCAGGAUGCUCCUUUAAGUUCUCAGUAGAACCGAUUUCCUGUUCCUCAAACACUUCAGAGUCCAUUAUGAGGCAAAUUACCUGAAACUGCUGCUCAAGUUCUGUGUCUUUAAAUCCUAUUUAUUCGCUGUGUGAUCUCCUGGUUUAAGGGUGUCUCUGUAUGCAAAUUAGGUGGGCGGGGCCAUCACGGGUUGCUGUCCGUCAGGUUGAGGGUCAUGUGACUAAACUUUUAUUUACCAGCAGGACCAAAUAUGAUUCCCGUCUCUGAGGUUUUUGAUGAACACAAGGUCAAACUAUCGAUUUGAUGAUUCUGGUUGCGGUCGGUUCAUUUGACGCCUCGACCGGGAAUCCGCUUGUCAAUGAAAUGAUAAAAAGGUACAAAUCAUCUGGUUCUGGCUCAGCGCCCCCACACACACUUGGAGUUUGUCUCCUCCUCUACUGGAUCAGAACCAGUUUAACAUCACAAGCUCUGUACCAGAUCAGAACCAGUUUGUCACGCUUACUUUGUCCUGACCAGUGUCUCCCUGAUCUCUGUGAAUGGAUCAGAACCGGCUCUUGUCCAAAGGGGCUGCAGGCCCUUUGUGAUGUUUGUAAAGUAAGCUGGAUUCUUGGUGGUCUGGUCCACUGUAGACCUGGUCCCCGUUGUGCUCCAACCCGUCUCUUCGUUUGUCCUGACGACUGUUACAGAACCUGUGAAUAAUCUCUGGUGUUGGUUGAAUGUUUUUUUUUCUGUUUUAGUUUUUAGCGACAGAUUAAAUGUAAAACUGUACAAAAAAAAUAUAUGUUUUUUUUGUAUUUUUAGGAACGUUUGAAGUUGGUGGAAAACUUUAAAUAAAGUUGAAGUGCACAAAACUUAAA